CUCUCUAGCAUUCUUCCUCCUUGUGUCUUUGCGCGGGGCUGUUCUGCACAGGCUUUGAGGGCUGUAAGUUUAGAUAGAGGAGCCUUCUGUGAGCUUUCUUGGAAAGGCAGGGUGCAAUGCGAGGCUUGUGGGAGGGAAAGAACCCUUUGGGCCAUCCGUGCUGCCGCCACCGCUGCCACCACCACCACCACCACCGGCUCUGUGGUUUGCCUGCCCCUUGCACAGGGGCGGCUCCUGUUAUGUAAUAUCAGCAGCCCCCAGGGAGGCGAGGCAAGGCGAGGCGGGACACAGACUGUACAGCUCUGGCUACCUGGACUGCAUGGGGAAUGUGGCAGUGAUGGAAGCACCCUGAAGUCCCAAAGCAACCCAGCCUGGAAAGAGAAAAAGCUGCUCGCCUCUUCGGAGAACUGGGGGGGCAGGGGGUGCUUUUUUCUCCUGCAGGUCCUGCAGGGAAAGUCUCUCUCCCCCCUCUACCUCCCUUCAAGCUGCUCACCUGGCUAGGCAGCUAGGAAUUCCAGCAGGAACGGAGUGGGCACCCUCCCGACUUCAUGAAUGUCUGAUCCAGGCAGCUGCACGCUGCAGAUUCACAAAGCCAGCUCUGAGAAUUUUGCUGCCACGGCUGAUUUGGGGGGGCCCCUGCUGGAGCAGACGUGGGGCAGGAUCUGGCCAGACAAAAUGCCCCCCUGCCCACCCCAGCAAGGAUGGCCUCGGAGCACCUUCCUCCCUUUGUACAACCCAUUGGCUGCAGGGGAGUCUGGCUCACAAGGCGAGGCGGAGCUGACCUGGCAAGAGAUCCUGUCAAUCUCAGAACUGCAGGGUCUUGACAUGCGAACGGAGAACUGUUACGAUCCUGUUGUGUGUGGUCAUGCACAACAGGCAAUGCCACCUCAUGGCUAUCUACCAUGCACAGGGAUGGGGGACAAUGCAAUUUCCGGUUUCAACCAUUCUGCUCCAGCAUAUGAGUGUCCAUACCCAGAAACUCUGCCGGGCUAUUGCACCGUCUACAACUACACAGGCAUGCUGAUCUCAUCUUCUCUUGAACCUCCAGGACCUGCCAGUCUGGGUGGGUGUAAAGAGGGACAAGGAAUGGUGUUGGAGAAAGAUUUUACAAGUGGCUUCGGAUCCCACGGGUCUCGUAAAUCCCAGGAAGACUUUGAAUCAGACUCUGGAUUGUCACUAAACUACAGUGAUGCAGAGUCCUUAGAGGCAGAGGGGCUGGAGCGGGCAGAAUAUACAUCUUUAUACCCCAUGGACCAUGUAUCAACCUACCCAAUGUUGGCACCAGUGCCAGAGAUGCCCUUCUCUGGUUCAUACCCAGAACAUUCGUUGGAGAAGGGACGGAGUCCUCAUGGAGAAGUGGCUGGCAGUCGGGAUGAACGUCGAGCCUUAGCUAUGAAAAUCCCCUUUCCAGUCGAUAAGAUCAUCAACUUGCCAGUGGACGACUUUAAUGAGCUGGUGUCCCGCUUCCCUCUGAGCGAGCCUCAGCUGGCACUGAUCCGAGACAUCCGCCGUCGUGGGAAGAACAAAGUAGCAGCCCAAAAUUGUCGGAAGCGUAAACUAGAGACACUUGUGCAGCUGGAGCGAGAGCUGGAUGAGUUGAACAGGGAAAGGCAGCGCUUAUUACGGGAUCGUGGUGAAUUCAACAGGACAAUGGCACUCACCAAGCAGAAGUUGGGGGUGCUUUACCAUCAAAUUUUUUGUAUGUUAAGAGAUGAAUCUGGCAACACCUACUCUCCAGAGGAGUAUACAUUGCAACUCGCUCCUGAUGGUGGUGUCUUUCUUGUCCCACGCAAUGAACAGCCAGACAGUUGCACAGAAAACUGCACAAACCAUGGUGGGAACUGAAUGGUACCAACCAUCCAAACUGGAGUUUUUAAAAGGGAUACAUAACACUUCCUAUGGAGCCAAUUUGAAACUGCAAAUACCUGAACUUAUUCACAACUUGAACUUGUGUGAUUUAUGUUCAGGUCUGGGCCCAUCUUGAAUAACACACAGCCAAAAUAUCAGGUCAAUUUUUAUAUGUAUCAGAGGACAAUUAGGCCCAGGGUGAUUAGAAUGCUGAAGAAUUCAUCAGCCUAGGCCAGCCAACGUAUGCCGUUACUCUGUUUUUGAACCACUAAUUCCCAUAGGCUUAAUCCCUGUGCACUACUGCAAAGGGGCUUCUCCCUGAUUUUUUUAAAUCAAUGCUAGCAUUUUGACUUUGUUUUUUAAUUUCUUUAAAAAAAUGAUUAAGCAGGCUACAGCAAUGACAGGGUUAUGAUCUGAGUUUACAUCAGCUCCAAAGUAAGUUUUCAUAAAUUUUACAGUUUUGGCACCCUUGGUCAACAAUAUAAUCUAUUUUAUCUUUUACAUUUUAAUGCCAUUUUAUGAACAUUUUCAUGUGUACUGUCUCCUUGGUGCAAGCUGUACAUACAUUGAUGGCACUACUUCACAGAACUCUUUGUUCUCUUAUCACAAUUUCAUGUCCAUACACAAGCUACUUUGUCUUAGCAUUAAACCCUCCCCCACCCUAAAAUUUAGGUGUUGCUUUUUUGUAUGCCUUGUAACAGCUGAUUUUUUUCCUGCUACUGUACUUACAUUAAUCUGAUUUCAAACUCAUUGAUUCCCACCACAUAGACUAUCAAGAGAACAAAAAGGUAACAAAAAUUAAAGGGGGGGGGAACAAGAACAAAGCAAAUAAGUGAUGCAACUGUAUGUAUUAUUGAGGUGAUUCAUAAAGAUGUCAAUAAGAUCACACUCAAAUAGAUACUGUAUGUUAUGUGCUGUCAAGUCAGAAUGGAAUUAUAGGGACCCUUACACGAUUUUUCAAGGUAAGUGAAAUAUUUAAGGAGUGGUCUUAUUAGUUCCUC